UUCUCGUCUAGAACCUGUGAGUAAUCAUUCCACCCCUCAAGGCAGUGGAGCUGCAACACCUGACAAUCAUUCCGUAAUCGAUACUGUGAGUGAACAGGAUGAAGGAACAAUGACUCCACCAUCCAAACAAACCACGCCAACCACAAGUCCCCGGAAUUCCUUAAGGGGCCCUGUGGACACAAACAAAAGGACCCCAGAACCUCGAACUGUUGUUGUUAAAAAAUCCCAAGUCGAUCUUGGGAUCCAGAUAUGUGGUGGAAACCUGUAUGGAAUAUUUGUCUCAGACGUAGAUGAUGAUAGCCCAGCAAAAGGACCUGAUGGACUAGUCUUGGGUGACAUGAUACUUGAGUAUGGGUCCAUUGAUAUGCGAAAUAAAACAGCUGAGGAAGCUUAUCUUGAAAUGUUGAAGCCUGGAGAAAACAUCAAAAUAAAGACUCAGUACAGAAUAGAAGAGUUUAAUAAAAUAAAAGACCUUCCUGGAGAUGGAUUCUACAUCAGAGCACUUUAUGAUCGUGUGGCAGAGGUGGAACAGGAUUUAAGCUUUAAGAAGGAUGACAUUUUGUAUGUGGAUGACACUCUACCACAGGGAAAUUUUGGUUGCUGGAUGGCUUGGCAGCUAGAUGAGAAUGCUCAGAAGCUGGAAAGAGGACAGAUUCCAAGUAAAUAUAUGAUGGAUCAGGAAUUCUACAGGAGACACAGCAUGUCUGAGGCUAAAGAUGAAAACAGUUCAUCUAAGACAUUGUCAGCAGCAGCACGGAGGUCAUUCUUCAGAAGAAAGCACAAACACAAGCGAAGUGGUUCCAAAGAUGGAAAGGAUUUACUGGCUCUUGAUACAAUCAGUACAGACUCAAUUCCUUUCUUGGAUGAUACUGCAAGUUUGGCAUAUCAGCGUGUCCAGAAAGUGGAUUGUACCUCUCCUAGGCCUGUCCUUAUUCUAGGACCUUUACUUGAUGCGGUGAAAGACAUGUUGGUGAAAGAGUCCCCUGGAAAAUUUUGCAGAUGUCCUCUCGAGGUUAUGAAAGCUUCCCAGCAAGCCAUUGAAAGAGGUGUGAAGGACUGUCUGUUUAUUGAUUAUAAACGGAGGAGUGGACACUUUGAUGUGACAACUGUAGCCUCAAUAAAAGAGAUAACAGAAAAGGAUUGUCAUUGUCUGCUUGACAUCGCUCCUCAUGCCAUCGAACGGCUCCACAGUGUUCAUAUCUACCCUAUUGUCAUUUUUAUUCGCUACAAAAAUGCUAAACAAAUCAAAGAGCAAAAGGACCCAAUCUUCCUGAGGGACAAAGUCACACAAAAACAUUCCAAAGAACAAUUUGAGACAGCUCAAAAAAUAGAACAAGAGUAUAGCAAGUACUUUACAGGCAUUGUCCAGGGUGGAGCCCUUUCAAGCAUUUGCACUCAGAUUAUGACAACUGUCGACCAAGAACAAAACAAAGUCCUGUGGAUCCCAGCUGGCCCGCUGUAGAUUUAUUUCAUUGUAAAACUACUUUGCAAAUGUAAAUAACCAACUAAUUUUCUAUCCAAUGGACUCUGUUCAUUUCUGUCUUUAUAAGGAUAUCUGUAAGUGAUUCCUGUUUCAUGAAGGGGAAUGAUAACACUGAACACACAAGGACCUGAAGAGGCAUGUGGGAAGGGGUAGAUCACUUCACCGAGCUUGUCUCACGUCGUACGUGUACACAGGACAGGUUGUCACGAGGGGUUGUGACCUGUGUGUACUUGUCCAUGAGUAAUGAAUUUAACAAUGCUGCAAAACCCUGUAGAAUGACAAGUUUACAAAAACCUUUUCAAAGUAUUUGGUUGUUGCUGUUUACUUGAAUGUUUUUUGUUUCGUUUUUUUAACUCUGUGUCCUUUCAGUUAAUGAGGUAACUCUCCAAAAUGGAGUGCAAUUUCUGAAUAUGAGCGGACAGUUUAUGCACAAUGUGACUCUUAAUUAAAAUCCUGACCAUUUCUAAGCACAUUGUUGACUUGACAACCAGGUAAUAACGUGGGAUUGAAUCGGUACGUCUUGGGAGUAAGCUCAGAAGGAAGUACACUCCUCUGCAGGGCAGACCACUGUUUGUAUCCUGUCAACGCUUGUCUGUCGAAGAGAUCGUUUCUUGUUUUAUGCAUGAAUCUAAUAUUUAAACGUCAUAAUAUAUCUGAACAAUCCAAGCUUAAUGUGUAUUGAGAAAUA